AUGUGUCGAGCAUGUACCAGUGGCGAAUUUGACGUGACAAACGAAGAACGUGAAAAACCACCGAAAAAGUUUGAAAACGGCGAAUUUGAAGCAUUGUUGGAUGAGGAUGACGCUCAAACUGAACAACAACUUGCGGAUCAAUUGAAUGACAAUAGUAACAUUAUUUUCACCAAAGCCGACAAAGGUAACCUAACGGUAGCACUAGACAAAAACAUAUACCUUGAAAAAGUUAAAACAAUGCUUGAUAACAAAGACACGUACAUGAAAAUUCCCAAGGAUCCUACAAGUAAAAUUAACAAUAACUUGAGGCAACUGUUGGCAGGAUGGAAAAAACAAAAUUACAUCUCGGAAUUAACCUACAAACAACUCUAUUGUAGCGACGGUAACAUUCCUAGGGCUUAUGCGUUACCAAAAAUUCACAAAUUAAAUUGCCCAUUCAGAAUCAUCAUAUCCUCUUUGGAUAGUGCAUUGUACAACUUGGCAGCGUUCUUACAUGGUCUGAUUGUGAAAAGCAUUCCUAAAGCGACUAGUAACAUCGAGAACAGUUUUGAAUUGGUUCAAAAAUUACAAAACAUUAAAAUUGAUCAUGGGUUUACGUUGGUGUCGUUGGACAUGGGACGUUAUUUGCAAGAAUUGUAA